AUGUCAUUCACUGAUAAGGAAGAUCCCAAGACUUUGGUUUUGUUCGAUGUUGACGGAACCUUGACUGCAGCUAGAUUGGAAGUUUCUGAUGAGAUGAGACAAGUUUUGAAGGACUUGAGAAAGAAAGUUGUUAUUGGUUUUGUUGGUGGCUCUGAUUUGAGUAAGCAAGUUGAACAAUUGGGACCUACCGUUUUACAAGAUUUCGACUACUGUUUCAGUGAAAACGGUUUAACCGCAUACAAGUUGGGUCAGCAAUUAGCUUCUCAAUCUUUCAUCAAUUGGAUUGGUAACGAAAAGUACAACAAGUUGGUUAAGUUCAUCUUGAAGUACUUGAGUGAGAUUGAUAUCCCAGUCAGAAGAGGUACUUUUAUUGAAUUCAGAAACGGUAUGAUCAAUGUUUCUCCAGUCGGUAGAAAUGCUUCAACCGAAGAACGUAACGAAUUUGAAAAGUUUGACUUGGAACAUAAGAUCAGAGAAACUUUGGUUAAUGCCUUGAAGGAAAACUUUAGCGAUUACGGUUUGACUUACUCUAUUGGUGGUCAAAUCUCUUUUGACGUUUUCCCAACCGGUUGGGAUAAGACCUACUGUUUGCAACAUGUUGCUGAUGAAGGCUUCGAAAACAUCCAUUUCUUUGGUGACAAGUCUUACAAGGGUGGUAACGAUUAUGAAAUCUAUACCGAUGAAAGAACUAUUGGUCAUGCCGUCAACUCUCCUGCUGACACCAUUAAGAUCUUGAAGGAAUUAUUCCACAUUUAA